AUGUGGAAAACUCUUUCGGCUGCUGUUCGAAGACAAGGUGAAAUUGUACUUAAUGUUGCAUCAAGCAGAAUUGUAUCCUUGCUUCUUUCGGGAGGUAGAACUUCUAGAUUUGCAAUUUUUAUCAAUGAACAUGAAAAUACAACUUGUGAGAUCAAGCAAAGAGUCCCUUUAGCUGAAAUCUUAAUUAAGACAAAGCUCAUAAUUUGGGAUAAAGCACCUAUGAUUCACAAGUUUUGUUUUGAAGCUUUGGAUAGAAGUUUGAGAGAUAUUCUUAGAUUUUCUAAUUCGAUGGGAAGGUUGUUGUUUUUGGUGGAUAUUUUCGACAAAUUUUACCGGUUAUUCCAAAAGGAAGCCGACAAGAUAUUGUUUUUUCGGCUAUCAAUUCUUCAUAUAUAUGGGAUUAUUGUCGAGUCUAUCUUUGACACAGAAGGUGAACCUAAUGAUGGGGAAACAACCAUAGAGAUUCCUGAUGAAGUUUUGAUUAAAGAUGAAGCAAGUUGCCCUGUUACAUCUAUUGUUAAGAAUGUGUAUACUUCUAUUUUGCAUAAUUUGGAUGACCCAAAAUACUUUCAAGAGAGAGUUAUUCUUGCUCCUACACAUGAGUGUGUAGAGGUGAUCAAUGAACAUUUGUUGAAUAUGAUACUGGGGGAAGAAAAGGUAUAUUUAAGUUCAGAUAGUAUUUGCAAAGCAGAUAUGCAGAAUAAUCAAGAGUUAUAUUCAACAGAUUUUCUUAAUAGUAUCAAAUGUUCCGGGCUUUCGAAUUAUUCGUUAAGAUUAAAGGUAGGUGUCCCAGUUAUGUUACUUAGAAACAUAGACCAACCUUCUGGUUUAUGUAAUGGCACAAGAUUAGUGAUUACCCAAUUGGGUAAUCCCGCUAUUGAGACUAAAAUUUUAUCGGGUAACGACAUUGGUCACAAAACACCUAAUAAAAGGAGGCCUAUUAAAUUGAAUGAUAGAUAG